AUGCUCAGUUCGGUGUCAGUCUCCUCUUUCAAAGGACGCAAGGGUGGGAACAAGUCGCCCAACAAAGCAUGUUACAGUGCAGACAUGACUUGUCCGCCAGACAGCGAGAAAAUCGUAAUAAACUGCGGAGGGGUGCGACACGAGACUUACCGCAGCACCCUCAAAACUUUGCCCGGUACCCGCUUAUCUUGGCUUACCGAUCCGGACGCGUUUAGCAACUUCGACUAUGACCCCAAAAUCGACGAGUUCUUCUUCGACCGCCACCCCGGCACAUUCACAUUCAUCCUCAACUACUACCGCACAGGCAAGCUUCACUGUCCCAACGAUGUGUGCGGUCCAUUGUUCGAGGAGGAGCUCGCCUUCUGGGGCAUCGACGAGACGGACGUGGAGGCGUGCUGCUGGAUGAACUACCGUCAACACAGGGAUGCCGAAGAGGCGCUGGACAGCUUCGAGCAGCCCGAGCCAGAGGAGCCGGAAGACGACCUGGAGCUGACUGCGGACGGAGAGCUCAAGAGGCUGUGCCUGCAUGAAGACGGGCGCAAGAGGAGCUGGUGGAGUGUGUGGCAACCCUAUUUCUGGAAUCUUUUUGAGGAUCCAUAUUCUUCCAAGAAUGCCAAGUACUGUGCGUUCCUCUCCCUUCUGUUCAUCCUCAUCUCCAUCACCACCUUCUGCCUGGAGACGCACGAGGCCUUCAACACCAUCUACAACAAAACAGAGAACGUGACGGUGGGCAAUGUGACGCGCCAGGAGAUCGUCUACGAGGUGGUGACCGACGGCUGGCUCACCUAUGUGGAGGGAACGUGCGUCAUCUGGUUCACCAUCGAGGUCAUGAUGCGCGUGAUCUUCUGCCCCUGCAAGAAGGAGUUCUUCAGUAGCACCCUCAAUAUCAUUGACUUUAUUGCCAUCAUGCCCUUCUACCUGGAGGUGGCGCUGAGCGGCCUGGAUUCCAAAGCCGCCAAAGACGUGUUGGGCUUCCUGCGAGUGGUGCGCUUUGUCAGGAUCCUGCGUAUCUUCAAGUUGACUCGUCACUUCGUGGGCCUGCGGGUGCUGGGCCACACGCUCCGCGCCAGUACCAACGAGUUCCUCCUCCUCAUCAUCUUCCUCGCCCUCGGAGUGCUCAUCUUCGCCACCAUGAUCUACUACGCCGAGCGCAUCGGCGCCGACCCUGACGACCCUACGGCCGCCAAACACACAAACUUCAAGAACAUCCCCAUUGGCUUCUGGUGGGCCGUGGUCACCAUGACCACUCUGGGCUACGGGGACAUGUACCCCGAGACGUGGUCGGGGAUGCUGGUGGGCGCGCUGUGCGCCCUGGCGGGGGUGCUGACCAUCGCCAUGCCUGUGCCCGUCAUCGUCAACAACUUUGGCAUGUACUACUCACUGGCCAUGGCCAAGCAGAAGCUGCCCAAGAGGAAGGGCAAGCACAUCCCUCGGCCCACCAUGCCGGGCUCGCCCAACUACUGCAAGCCAGACGCCCUGGCCAUGGCCACCGCCGGGCCGGGUAUGGUGAGCUCAGGCAGCCUGGGGGGAGGGGACUGCCCUCUGGCCCAGGAGGAGAUCAUCGAGAUCAACAGGACAGAUUCCAAGCAGAAUGGCGACGCAGCCAACGCAGCCCUGGCUAACGAGGACUGCCCCACCAUAGACAUGGUACUUGGGGAGGAGAGGAGUCCUGCUGCUGGGGGUCUGGGCACCGGCGGGAGCCGUGAGCGCUAUCCCCAUGACCGCGCCUGCUUCCUCCUCAGUACCGGAGAGUUCCGUGCUACAGACGGCAACGUGAGGAAAGCGACAGGCUAUGAGAAGUCUCGCAGCCUCAAUAACAUUUCGGGCAUGUCAGGAGCCCCCAUGCGCCUCACCCCCAUCACCAACCCUUUCGAGCCCCCGGGAACCAACCUCCGCCGCUGUCACUCCCCCAUCCCCUCCAUUUUGUAGCGUCAUGAUGAGGAGAAGCAAGCCAACAAGUCAACUACAGAAGGAGUAUCAGGAAAGAGAGACAUACCAACACCACUGUAAUCCCAGUGCUCCCAUUUAUAUUAGUCCAAUAGUGAUAAUGAUAAUGAGCUGUAGGGGGUGCCAUUUAGCCACAUUUAAUAAUGCUCUAUAUUGAAAGCCAGGUAGAGGGGGACAUGCAGUGUAUAAGAGACUUAGAAUGAAUAGAAAAAAUAUCCACUAUGACUACAUGCACUUUCCCACCACAUGCGAUGUGCAAUAUGUUAAGCCGAAGCAAAAAUGUUAAGAGGUAUUCAGCGUUAGUCUACAGCAAUCUUACGCCUGUUGGAGCAAUGAGAACACACACACACACAUACACUCUCUCUCCCUCGCUCUCUCUCUCUCAUACACACACACACCCACACACGUAUACUCUCACACACUUGCCUUAUUAACAGGGAUUGAGUGUAGGUUAGUGAUUUGGACUGAUAAACAAUGCAGUGAGCUACAAUAGCAGGCCUCCCUGUAUUAUAGUAAAUGUGUGCUGUUCUUGCACUCCGUAUUGCCACUAAUCCUAAAGAGCUCCUUAGUCAAAUGAGACUUGUUCUGAUACUCUACACACCCACACGACAUCAAGCCUCAACAGCAAACCCAUCCACUCACUCACACACACGCAUCGCUUGUAUUUGGGAUGAGGAACACACUUACAGUAACUAACACCAACAAAAUAUCGAAUAUAUAUUAAAAUGCAUGCAUUUGGGGGUUUUUUGAAGAAGAAAAAAAUCACACAAAGAAAUUCUUAUAUUUAACAGAAAAUCUUUGAAAAGAAAAAGAGGCAAGCCCAAAGUAAGAAAAUUAUUUUUUAGUAGCACCCAUAAAACAAGCCAUGUACUGGUUAGUGCUAGAUCUCCCAGGGGAGAUGACUCAAUGGACCGUUAAAUGUGUUUCCGUGUGCUGAAAGUAGACUGUAUCACACACACAGGCACACACAUACACACACUUAUAGAGACUCACGACUGAUCAAACAGCAAUGUAUCAUUUUAAAAGCUGGGGGGUGCUAGAGAGUUGUACUAUACUAGCAUUCAUUCACUACUACAGUUAUUAUCAUUAUCAUUAUUGAUGUUAUCAGUGCCAUGUAGAGAGCUGGAGAGAACGCAAAGCGUUCUGGGGCUUUUGUGCAAUACACAGACUCUGAUGAAAGCCUGAACAACGGCCAUCAAUGUUUUAAAGAAGAUAUUCCGAAUAGCAUCCUAACCCACAGAGAGGGAGGACAUAACAAACUAUUUUUAUAAUGGUUUUGAGGAUUAAAGGGCAGAAGGGAUGGAUUCUCUCUUCUUUCUCUAGGGGGCGGGGUUAGGUGUGGUCGAGAAGAUGGGGUGGGGGUGGAACUCUCAUUCCCAUUGGUCGGGAGCAGUGAAAGGGGCCAUCGAAGCAGGGAUCGGUAUUUCUCAUCAUUGACCAUAUACCGGCCCUACCCGCCCUCCCUGCCCGCUUGUAUGCAGGUGCAUGAAAUGAAGCUUCUUUCUCUUUUUUCUAAAUAUGGCUCCUCAGAAAUCAAAUCUGUACACAUAUCAAACUAUACCUUUCAGUCUGCACAUGUCAGUGUCAGGAGGGUGUGGCUAUAAUCAGAAGUGGCUUCGGGUCACCCGUUAGACAAGAGAUCAAUUUCGGUCUUUUUCCAUCUUCAUCAUCGAUCUCCCUUCACCUUCUCAAUCCUUUGUUGACUUCCUGUAUCGAGCAUUUCACCACAUCGCCACACUCACAAUGACUCCUAUGAUUUGAGUGUAGUGAUUUUUUUUCAGUUUUCUUUUUUUCUUUUUCUCUUUUGUCCUUUUGA